UUUUUUUUUUCUGUUCUUCGUCAAUAGUAAAAGUAUCAUGUUCGUUUUGGCUGAACUUGAAGAUACUGUGAAAAUUGUACCAAAUGAUUUUGGGAAGAACGAUAAUGAUGCAGUGACAGAUGCCCUUAACGUGAAAUACGCCAACAAGGUUGUCCAAGAAGUAGGAUUAUGCAUCUGUGUACAUGAUAUUUUAUCAACGUCUGAAGGAUUUAUUUUAUAUGGUGAUGGUUGUAGUUAUAUCAAAGCGACGUUUCGAUUGACAGUUUUUCGACCUUUUGUUGGUGAAGUAUUAACGGGACGAAUCAAAAGUUGCUCUCCAAAUGGUGUCAAAGUGACGAUGGGCUUCUUUGAUGAUAUACAUAUCCCUGGUGCAACUCUUCAACCGGGCUCAGAAUUUGAUCCGGCUGAACAAGUAUGGGUAUGGAAUUAUGAUGGAGAGAAAUUGUAUAUGGAUAUUGAUGAACCUAUUCGAUUUCGUGUACUUCGCGAAAUAUUUACGGAUACAACACCAACACUUCAUCCAACUGGUGGUGGUGGUGGAUCUUCUGGACGACGACAUUCUGUGGCCGAUUUAUCAGCAAGUAAUGAUUUGGUAGCCAAUUCUAUAAAGAUACCCCCGUAUGCUUUGACGUGUACGAUACAAGAAGAUGGCCUCGGAUUAUUGUCUUGGUGGGGUAGUUGAAGAACAAAGAUUAUCAUCCAUACCACUUUGUAUUUCUUAGACACAAUUAUAUAUUUUUUUUAUUUUUAUUUUUAUUAUUAUUUCUUCAUUUGCAACAAAAUUCUCUUCAUUAUUUUUAUGUAUAUUUUCAUUCUUAUUUAUCUUUUGAACUUCAAUAAA